CAUUUAGUAGGUACCAGCGCGCCACUGCAUGCUGUCCUGGCUGCUCUCCACCACACUAGCAGCAGAGCACGACAUCCUAUCCUAUCCGGUAAGCGCAUCGUCGUCAAUACGAGAAGAUCCCCAAGCAAGCCAAGACAGCCAGCCAGCCAUCUAAAUCGCUCCCCUUCACAUCCCUUCAGGUCAGGUCUCGACCCUUUCGAAAGCCCUCACAGCACGGCGUGUACUUGGCAGCGUCUUCCAGUUGCCAGUUCUACUUUGCCAAGUGGGGAUAUACGAGACACUACAGCGCUCAGGCUCAAUAUCCAAGCACCAGCCUUGCUGCUACACUCCUCUUCACAGCGUCAGUGAAUGUGCCAACCCAACAGCAUGGAUGAGAUGAUGAAUUUUCAAACCUGUUGUAGAUUGUGUUUGUGCGAAACUACCGAGACUUUCAAAAAUGCGGCAGAGGACAGAGUGUUGCCCAGAAGGAUUCUGGACUCGUUAGCGAUCAAAAUAAAUUCCUCAGACCAACUAACAACCCUGGUAUGCGAGGAGUGCGAGCAAGUAGUAAACAAAUGGCACGAAUAUAAACAGAAAUGCGUGCAGAACCAAAACAAACUACGACGUUUCCUCCAUAGGUUUCUUGUCAAUGAUAGAGAUGAACAUAGUAACGCCGCAUCCAUUGCAAAUAUGAGUAUCCAAAUAAAGGAAGAACCCCUCGAAAAUGAUGAAAAUUCGUCUAGCAACAUCCACAUCAAAUCAGAACCAGAAGACUUAGAUGAUUCUAUGAACGGAGAGUAUAAUGAAUUCCCUCCAGCACUGUCACCUCAGAUGCCCGAGCAUGAACAUAUGGAAACCGGAAUACAAAAUGGUGGUAGUUCGACCAAUCUAUAUGUGAAUGACAACGACAAGAGGUGCAGAUAUUGUGAUAAGCUAUUCAGUAACAUAUCUAAUAGAAAGAAGCAUGAAAAAGCAAUACACCCACCUAAUGAACCGUAUGCAAGAAGAUCUAUGUGUGAAAUCUCACCAAAAAAAUCACAACAAAAUGGAGAACAAAUUCAACCAUCAGGCACUAGUGAAGAAUCUGAAGAUCAGACAGGAAGCCAAACUGAUCAAUUGGCUGAACAACAUCAAUUCACUGAAUACAAUGAGCAACUAACUCAAGAAGCAUCUACGACCCAACCUGAAGAAGGGCUGCCUGAAACAAUGUCUAUAGAAAAUGCUGAGGAAGAGCUAACAGAAACCGAAAAUACUGAUGAACCUGUGGAAUCAUCUGAGCCUAAAGAUGAAGCUAACCAACAAAAAAUCCUUUUCGCGGCAGGCUUGAAGCUUCUGGAGAGUAAUACAACGCCGAUAUCUUGCGAAAUGUUAUCAAAGAUAGAACUAAGCUACGCCGAAAAGUGCAAGGCUAUGGUAAAAAUGCAUAGAACGUUGGAAUGCGCUUGUCACAAUGUGAAUCAUCCAAACCUCAAAGGACUUUUGUCACAUUUGAGAUCUUUGCGUAUUUGGUUUCCUGUAUUCACAUGUUACAAUUGCAUGAUCACAUUUACUGAUAGAUCUACUUUUACAAGACAUAACGUGAAAUGUCCCAGCGCUUCACUUGACACUUUAACAAAGCUGAGUAACCUAAGGAAAAGGAGUGAGGUCAAAGUGAGGCUAUACCAAAACUUCAAAUGUACAAGCUGCAAGUUUAUGUUCAGUUUUCAUGAAGAUUUCAUGAAGCAUGUUGAUGAAGAACAUUGUGAUGUAGUAUUGCCGGUUCAAUGUAGUUGUGAGAGGGAGUUUGAUAAUUUGGAGGAUUACAAAGACCAUGUGUAUUUAAGUUGCUUGGUUGAGUUCUAUUGUGAUAUCUGUUUCAUUACCACGGAUAGCGUGGAGGAGUUCCAGAAGCAUGCAGAAGAAGCUCAUGAUGAGUCGGAAGGAUUCAUCCUGAAGCAGGAUGAUGGGUAUGCUAUGAGAAAGGCUAUGAUGCAGUCUCCUCCUAAACCAAAAGAGACCGUGGAUGAAAAUGCAAUCGUGACUGGUAAGAGAGAAAGACGACCUCCCAAGCCCAUAGACAUAAUAAUGCCUACUCCUAAUAGAUCUGCAACACCCAAAGAAAAGGAUGAGCCAUAUGUAAGCGUCUAUAACCAUCCCUACUCCAUAACACCGAGGUCCGGCACCAAGGCAUGCCCCAUCUGUAACAAAGAAUAUUCAAGCUACCACAACAUGAUGCGCCAUUUCAAAACGCACAGCGAAGAAGAGAUCCGCAAGUAUGAAAAUGAGUCAGUGUAUGCGUGUCCAGACUGCGAAGAGAUGUUCAGACUGCCCGAGUGGCGACAGCACUUAAUGGCCAAACACCAGCCCACUGCGUGUGAAGAAUGCGGCAGGAUGUUCCAGUUUAGGACAGAGUUGGACCAGCACAGGAGCGUGCAUUUGAAUAUUAAGGUGUACAGGGACUCGAAGACGCAUUCGCUGAAGACGGCCAUGAUCAGUCCUGGAUCAGAGCAGGUGAUGUUACUCUGCGAGAUUUGUGAGGAAAUUUUCCACUCCAGGGAAGAGCUUAAACAACACAAACUGGGCCACUUCCAGAACCUCCAAAACGGCGGCAUGAUCAAAAAAGAACCUGUGGACGUUGACGACCAACGAACCUGGACCUGCACACCGUGCGAUAAGACUUAUCACACUUACAGCGGUCUGUGGGACCACAACAGAAGGAAGCAUACUGGGGAAGAGAAGUCCAUUGCCAGUACAGAGUACCCGAAGCAGUGCAAGUACUGCGAGAAGGUGCUGUUGAGUGGUGCCGCUUAUGCUAGGCAUAAGAUGAUACACGAGAAAGAUAGGAUUCCGACUGACGCCAACGCAAGAAUGGUGAUGUACACCCAACAAAACCGAAAAUCUGCUACACCUCCAAUGCAACCUCAGGAAGAGUACCACACGUGCCCACACUGUUCGAAAGUGUUCGGUUCCAAGUCGAAUCUGAAGAACCACAUGAAAACGCAUCAGCAGGGCUACACCUGCGGCGUCUGUAAGGAUGUGUUUGGAACCACUGAGGAGCUUCUACAACACAACAUGAUCGAACAUCCUGGAGAUGCGAUGUCUUUGUUGGAGACGGAGAUCAAACAAGAGCCUGAUGAGGAGAUGGUCAUGCAACGACAGCCGUAUAUCGUGUAUACUUGCGAUGUGUGUGUGGCCACUUUUGAAAGCAAACAUGCACUGAUGAGGCAUAAGGAGAUGCACGCCCAAGAGAUGGCGCAGCAGCCAGCUACAAGCAAAUCCGUUUUCUGCAAAUACUGCAAGAUCCAGUUCGACUCUGUGAUUUCAUUGGCUAAACACAUGCACUUAGAACAUGGGGAGUCGUCGAAACCAAAGCAAAUGAAGAUCAAGGAAGCGAAUCCUGGCAGGAAAUUUACCUGCAGCAUUUGCAAUAAGUCCUUCCAUACGCAAAAUGCGCUGUCCACGCAUAUCGGCUGGCAUAGAAGAGGCACCAAUGAUUCGAAUACUAAAGUGUCCAAAGUUAUACAACAGGUUGCCAGAGAUAUUCCCCGAGCAGUCCCACUCCCUCAAAUGCGAGUUCAAAACGCCCCUUCAUUCCGUUGUCACACAUGCUCCGGGGAAUUCCCCAAUAACACUGCUCUUCAAGUGCACAUCCUGGAAAAGCAUCGCAGCUCGAAUAGCAUCAGCCUGGUGCCCCGUUGCAAUCCGUGCGACAAGGACUUCAAGUCUCAUGAAGAGUACGAGAAACACAAACGGUUCCAUGACUUCCUCGAAAGGCAGAAACAGGCUGAACAGCAGCAGCAGCAGGCUAUGAUGCAACAGCAACAAGAACAGAUGGCAUCGGUGCAUAACACGUCGGGCAAGAACUUCCCGUGCAAGUAUUGCAAUGCAGGGUUCAGCAGGUCUGACACUCUAGGCAUCCACAUGCGACAGCACCACAAGGAGUACGUACCGACAGAGUUCAAGUGCAACUAUUGCGAACGAAUCUUCGACAAGCAGAACUCGCUGUCGAUCCAUUUGAAGACGCACGAGAAACAAAGGUUGGCCAACGUCCCUUCGAAGCCGGUCUUUUCAUGUUCCAUCUGCAAUAUGGGAUUCGAAAUGCCGAAAGAGUUACGUGCUCACACUAUCAGCGCGCACCCGUUUUAACUUAACAACAGCUAAAACGAUGAACAAGCGCGACAAAUACCUACAAUUAUUAGAGUAUUUGUUAUAGCACCAGGUGUUAGCUAAGCACUAACUUCAGUUAUAUUAUGGAUUUUUAUUAUACCAAGUCACAUGUUCGAAAAGAAAAAAGCGUAUACUAUGUGAUGUUUCAAAAGUGUCUGCUCUUACUUGAAGCAAAAAAUUCAAUUAGAAAGAUGAAUGUCCUUUUAAAACUUUUCUUUUUUAAUAGUCUAGCAAUUAAAACUUUUUUUAGGUAUAAAAUAGAUUGUUAAAAAACACCAACAAAGGAGUUAAGAAUUCGGAAAACCACAUACAACGUGGAUAUGUGUUGUUAUCGUUAAUAGAGUAAAUCAUUAGAUAUAGAUCUGGGAAUAAUUUUUGAUUGCAAUUAUGUACAUUUAUAAUUUUAUAAUGAAUAGAAAGACUGUUGUAUACCCUCACUGAUGUAGUUAAUUGUGUAUAAUGCUGAUCUAUCGUAAAAUAUAAUUUAGCACAUAUUAUCUUUUUUAAAGAAUUUAUUUUAUUUUGUUAUCUUUACAUAUUGAAAUAUUCCUGAUGCCUGGCGUAGACUGUAGAAUAUAGAGAUUUUUUUAUUUUGUCAUACAUACGAAGUAAGGUUUAUUUCGUGUUUUGUUGUGCCUAUGCUGUACAUUUUUUACUAUGUAUAUUAUCGUAUGACUGUAUUUUAUAUAAUAAAAAUUAGCUCUUUU